ACCUCACUGGAAACUAUCUAUAAAUGACCCCCACUCAUUUCCUUCACUCCGCAUCAUAAAAUUCUAAGCUUUUCCAUUACACUCAUAGAAAUGGCAAACUUUCCAGUGAUCAACAUGGGGAAACUGAAUGGUGAGGAGAGAGCAGCGACAAUGGAGAAAAUCAAAGAUGCCUGUGAGAACUGGGGUUUCUUCGAGGUGCUGAACCAUGGGAUUCCCCAUGAGUUCCUGGACACUGUUGAAAGGUUGACGAAAGAACAUUACAAGAAGUGCAUGGAACAGAGGUUUAAGGAGCUUGUAGCGAGCAAGGCCCUUGAUGGUCUCCAGGCUGAGGUUACUGAUAUGGAUUGGGAAAGCACAUUCCACUUGCGCCAUCUCCCUCAAUCAAACAUAGCUGAAGUCCCAGAUCUUUCUGAUGAAUACAGGAAGGUGAUGAAAGAAUUUGCACUGAAAUUAGAGAAACUAGCAGAAGUGCUCCUUGAUUUGUUGUGUGAGAAUCUGGGACUACAGAAGGGAUACUUGAAAAAAGCUUUCUAUGGGGCAAAAGGUCCAACCUUUGGCACCAAAGUUGCUAACUACCCACCAUGCCCAACCCCCGACAAAAUCAAGGGUCUCCGAGCUCACACAGAUGCCGGCGGCAUCAUCUUGCUCUUACAAGACGCCCAAGUGAGCGGCCUCCAGCUUCUUAAAGACGGAGAAUGGGUGGAUGUUCCCCCCAUGCGCCACUCCAUUGUGAUCAACCUCGGGGACCAGCUCGAGGUCAUCACUAAUGGCAAAUACAGGAGUGUCGAGCAUAGGGUGAUUGCCCAAACCGACGGUGCUCGCAUGUCCAUAGCUUCCUUCUACAACCCUGGCAGCGACGCAGUUAUCUACCCGGCGCCGGCUCUGCUGGAGAAAGAAGCCGCCGAUGACAAGAAAAAGUUGUACCCAAAAUUUGUGUUUGAAGAUUACAUGAAGCUUUAUGCAGCACUGAAAUUCCAGGCCAAGGAACCGAGGUUCGAAGCCAUGAAAGCCAGAGAAACAACGGCUCCCAUCGCAACAGCUUGAGAAAAGUUUAUACCUUAGCUGCUUUGGCCUUUGAGUUGAUCAAGAAAUGGGUACUGUCAGUUAUCUAUUUUAAGCUUUUUAGUUUUCUGAUUUAAUGUUAUAAACAGUACCGACGAUGCCUAUGA